GCCGGGCGGAGCGUUGGCCGUUGGGGUGGAUCUCACGAUUCAACGCCUCAGGCCUCAACCCGCCCAAAUGGAGCCUGUUUCUUCCACAGUGCAGCCUCUCCGCUGAUUCCUUCCCUCACACCGCGGAUCCCACUCGGAUUACCUCCCAUCUCCACCUUCAAUUCACUUUACGUUCGAUUAAUUUGAACUUUAGCUAAUUGUGUUUUUUCUGCGAAAGACUUUUAAGUAUUUCUGGCUGGUUUGGGAUUAGUGGAAACGUUAUAUUAUUUAUUGGAAAACAAUACUGUUGUUAAUUUAUUACUGUGACUUAAUUCCAGUAUUUUAGUGCUGUGUUUAAAGUAGUUCCACUUUAACAAUAACAUGACCCUUAAUGCAUACCUGAGUUGACCAGCUGAGUCACUCCCAAGACUUUGUGAGUUUUCUGUUUUAAAAACCAGCAUCUGCAGUCCCUUGCAUCUCCUUAUACAUCCCUUGCACAUUUCUAGAGAUUUUACUCAUGGAGGAGAUGCAUGCAACCACAAUAGAACAAAUGAAACGAUCUGUCUACUAUCAGCUCAUAACAAUCGACAAUUAUCAGAAGGCCAUUGGUGUAGAGGUAGUACAGCUGUUGGAAUUGGUCAGAGUGAAUAUGCGGGAUAUUCAUGUAAUAUUUGAAGAUUCCAGCAAAAAUUAUGAGGCUCUCCAUGGUCCGUUAAUUCAGCUCCACAAAUCAAGUAAAGACCUGUACAAAAUGCUUAAAGAAACCAAAGCUGGUGUCUUAUUUCAGCUAGAAAAGCUCAUGAAUAGAUCACGGAUUCCAAAACGUCAACUGGCGUCCAAUGGUUCUAAAAGUAGCGUUAAUGGCGUACCUCCAAAAGAUCUUAAACGUCCCAAGGAAAUUAUAAACGGAUGCGUUGGUGAAGGAUUCGUCAGCUGUGAUCCUGAGCUUCACAUGUCCAGAAGGAAUAUUUCCCAGGUCAACGGUCCAUGUGACCAUAGCAUCACAUCAAAAUAUGAAUUGGACAAAGUGCAAGAGGAAGAACUAUUAGUGAAACCCUCCAAUGAAAGGGUGAGAGUUGACCAGCCUUUAGAAGUUAGAGCAUCAAAUGUAUACCGUGAUCUCAGAAUGUCAAAGGUAGAUGACAAGUUAACUUCUGAAAGCACUAAUCUCACACAACAACAGAUAUGGAAGGAAGAUCCACUUAUCUUUGCCGGCAAAUGCAAGCCAUCAAACAGCAAGCAAAUAUACGUGGCUAGGUCAGAAAGGGAGGUUUGGGACACUUUUGAGUUCACUGCAUCGGGCAGCAACACGGAAGAUGAAGAAAAAAGGACUUGUGAUACCCAGAUUGUGAUCCCAGCUCUGGAUGUUACUUCCUCUCAAGAACCUAGGAGUAAUAAUGAUGCUCUCCAACAGUCAAAUCCAUUUGAUCAAAUAUCAAACUCAAGAAGGUAUAUUGUUUCUCCUCAGCAAUGUGUCCGUCCUUACAACAGCUUGGAACCACUAACGGACAGUCAGUUUGCAAAUCCGCAUGUUGAAAGUGAUGCGGGUUCACCUUUAACUGAAAAUAUUCAAGAAUUCCAAUAUUGUCGGUGGCAGGAGAUGGAGAUAAGGGUCAGUUAUGUCGUUGAUCCUCAUUAUUUUUAUAUACAACACAUCGGUCAGGAGCUACCAGAAUUAAUGAGGAAAUUAAAUGUUGAGUGUUCACAGGACUCUGCCACAAUGUGCUGCAUCCCUGUGAUACGUUCCUAUGUCUGUGCCUGGCUCCCCGAAAACAAACAGUGGUACAGAGCUUAUGUGAUCAACGUUGUGGCACCUGAAGAAACCGUCACAACUGACGGUCAUCAGCAUGUUUUAGUGGAAAUAUUAUGCAUAGAUUAUGGAUUCUCUGCUGCACUUUCAGUCAGUCAUUUAAAAAAUUUACCGGAAACGUUUUAUGCCCUUCCUCAGCAAGCUUUGCGUGUUUCUUUAGAAAAUGUUUCUCCAGUACAUGGUGACGUCUGGUGCAGAUCAGACAUCAGAUGGUUCAAGAAAUUAGUGAAAAACAAAACGUUCUUCGCAAGACUUUACCAAAAACUGAACGAUGUGACAGUGGUGCUCUUCAGUGAAAGGGGGAAAAUAGGCAUCAUGAGGAGAGGGUCCACACUUUCCCAAAAGAUGGCAGCAGCUGGUUUUGCAAGAUUAUCAGAAGCUGAUUGCACUUCUUCACCAAAAGGUAGACCAAGUAUACCGUGGCACUGGAAGCAACGCAUAAUAAAAUUGCUAUCUGAAGCAACACAUUUGAAGAAAUGGGAGAUGAACUGGCCAGUCUUUUACACUGUCCUUGUAGGGGUGAACAAACACUCGACUGGGAUCGGGCGGAUCUGGCUGUCUGUCCUGUUCAUUUUCAGGAUCAUGGUGUUGGUGGUGGCGGCCGAGAGCGUGUGGGGGGACGAGAAGACGGGCUUCACCUGCAACACCCAACAGCCCGGCUGCAACAGCGUUUGCUACGACCAGUUCUUCCCCAUCUCCCACAUCAGGCUGUGGGCGCUCCAGUUGAUCCUGGUGUCCACCCCGGCCCUGCUGGUGGCCAUGCACGUCGCCCACAAGCACCACGUGGAGAAGAAGCUCUUCCGCAUCAAGCAACUGACCGGGGAGGUGAGCGAGAUGGACGUGGAGAAGGUGACCAAGAGGAGGAUGCACAUCACCGGCUCCCUGUGGUGGACUUAUGUCAUCAGCAUCGUCUUCAGGGUGAUCUUGGAAGUCGCAUUCCUGUACAUCUUCUACCUGAUCUACCCGGGUUUCAGGAUGAUCCGCCUGGUCAAGUGUGACGCCUUCCCCUGCCCCAACACGGUGGACUGCUUCGUGUCCAGACCCACCGAGAAGACCAUCUUCACCGUCUUCAUGCUGGCGGUGUCGGGCGUGUGCGUGCUGCUCAACAUUGCCGAGGUCGGCUACUUGGUGACCAAGGCUUGUGCCAGGCAGUGUCAGGACAAGGACAGGAGAUCGAGUAAGGGUGCGUUCUACGGCCGUAAUUUCCCGCUGUCUAGACCGCAUGAGAUCCACGGGUUGUUGUCAAACCAUGACGCCGGCUUCCUGAAAAACAAUAGGCGCCACGCCGUGCGGAAAGUAUCCAACAAGGACUCCUGUAGAACCGCGUGACCACCUUGUUGAAGGGAACAUUCUUAUUCCAAUGUAACUCCCCCCGUCUAUGGUUGCUUAUUAAUCCCUCUCUCUAAUAUGUUUGAAUGCAUCUGCAUUGAACUCAAUAGACAAAAGACAACAGGAGAAGGCCAUUUGCACAGCCAUUCAAUGGCUGAUCAUCCCCAAUCGGUACCCCUGCUCCUGCCUCUCCCCAUAUCCCCUGACUCCGCUAUUUUUACUCCACUCAUUCCAGCCAGAGAGCAAAUUGGACCAUGGGUUCCCCAAGGCUCCCUGUGUGGCUUGUACCAUUGUCUACAUCCACGUGAAGAUACCUGGUCUUUGGUGCCCACCUUAGCUCUGUUCUUGAGUUCCAUAAUGUCCCUUAUGUUUUGAAGCAAUCUUUUAAUGGCCCUUCCUGAUCAAAUGUUUCACUGGCUGUUUAGCUUUGAGUUCAUGAGGAGAUUUCUUGCCUUGAACUGUUAUUCUUUAUCAUGUAAGAAAA